AUGAUUCGCCAGGGCAGCAUUGAUGACAUCAAUGCUCAGCAAUUUCUGAAAAUAGCUAAUUAUGAAGACACUGUCAGGCAGCUAGAUAUUUAUUAUGCCAUUGUUAAACGGCAGUUACUACGAUUUCAAAGCCCCAUAACUGGUUUAUUCCCAGUGCUUUCCUCUGAUCUUCAUAUAGCAAGUGUGAGGGAUAGCAUUUACUGUGCUUCAGCUGUAUGGGGCCUAUACCAAGCUUAUAGACGUAUAGAUGAUGAUCGUGGAAAGUCGCAUGAAUUAGGGCAGAGCACAGUAAAAUGUAUGAGAGGUGUAUUAGAAUGCUGGAUCAAGCAAUCAGCAAGAGUAGAAGCCUUCAAGACUAGGCAGAGUGCGGCCCAUGCGUUACAUGUUAAGUUCCAUCUUACAACAGGAGAACCAGUACUUGAUGACGAGCAGUAUCAUCACUUACAAAUUGAUGUAGUGUCCUUAUAUUUACUUUUUUUGGUACAAAUGAUUACAUCUGGACUUCAAAUCAUUUAUACACAAGAUGAAGUUGCAUUUGUUCAAAACCUGGUAUACUAUGUUGAAAGAGCAUACAGAACACCUGAUUAUGGCAUGUGGGAACGAGGUUCUAAGUAUAAUGAUGGCACACCAGAAAUACAUGCAUCAUCUAUAGGUAUGGCAAAGGCAGCCCUUGAAGCGAUCAAUGGAUGCAAUUUAUUUGGUGACAAAGGAGCAUCAUGGAGCGUUGUAUACGUAGAUAUUGACGCACACAAUAGAAACAGAAGUAUUUUUGAAACAAUGUUGCCACGGGAGUCUAGUUCUAAAGGUGUUGACGCCGCUCUUCUGCCAACAAUAUCCUUCCCAGCUUUCGCAACACACGAAGAUAUCUUAGUACAAUUAACGAAAACGAACCUUUUGAAUCGCUUGAAAGGGAAAUAUGGUUUUAAAAGGUUUAGUCGGGACGGUUAUAAGUGUGUGUUGGAAGACCCGAAUAGGCGUUAUUAUAAUAAGGGUGAAUUGAAGGAAUUUGAUGGAAUGGAAUCUGAGUGGCCGCUUUUCUAUGUAAUGAUGAUCAUUGAUGGUGUGUUUAGGACAUUGCCGGAGCAGGUUGAGGAGUAUCAGAAGUUGUUGAAGUCGAGAAUAUAUAUGGAUGAAUUUGGUGAUCCAGUCAUUCCCUGGUACUACUACGUGCCUCGAGAUGGUGUUGAAAGUGAACGCAACGAACCCUAUUCCGUACGAAGAGUUCCGGCAAACCAACCAGGAGAUAAUGACAAUAAAGAUACCGGAGGCUUAUUCCUGUGGGCGCAAUCAUUGUUCGUGCUGGCUCAACUGUUAACUGGUGGGUUACUACACGUAAACGAGUUAGAUCCUAUACGACGGUAUCUCCCUUCAUAUAAUCGACCUAGGAAGGCUGGACGGUAUUCUGCUUUUCAGGGUAUUGCUACUGACCUAGUGGUUCAAGUUGUUCUAAUAGCUGAAUCAAUGCGGCUUCAAGCUAUGAUGGGAACGUAUGGAAUACAAACACAGACACCUCAUGAAGUAGAACCAGUGCAGGUUUGCAGUUCUACUCAAUUGGUACAUGUUUAUCGCGAAUUGGGCGUAUGCGCUAAGUUGAAACUGACAGGUCGUCCCAUUCGACCCGUAGGUUCCCUAGGAACUAGUAAGAUUUAUCGCGUGUGCGGAAUGACAGUUUUGUGCUAUCCGCUGAUUUUUGAAGUGUCAGAGUUCUACUUAUAUCGGGAUAUGGCUCUUCUAAUUGAUGAUAUUAAAACUGAAUUGCAAUUUGUUGGGAAAUAUUGGCGUCUUUCGGGAAGGCCAACAGUGUGUCUAUUAGUUCGUGAAGAACACAUGCGAGACCCCCACUUUAAGCAGAUGUUAGAUCUCUUCGCGAUGCUGAAGAAGGGGCACUGUGAUGGGGUCAAAGUGAGACUGGGGCGAUUGCAGAAUCUUAUAUCAAGCUCUUGCAUAGAGCAUCUAGACUUCAUGAGUCAAGGUGAAUUUCCAUCGGAGAUGUUCACACAAUUUAAACAAUUGCAGCACGAUUACAUUGGCUAUCAAUCGUUAACUGAUGUACCUCGGACACUAACAUAUAGAGAACAGAUUCUUAACUUUGAGUCGUUCAAGCACAGAUCUACGUCAGAUGUAGUCGAAGCUUUGCGAUCCACAGAGAAUAUAUUUGCACAGAGUCAAUUGUGGGGUAUUUUGAUGGAUAGAGAGGGACCUAUGUAUGAGGUAAGUGGAAUGAGUGCCUUGGAGUCCCUAAAAAGCCUGUACCACAGUGCCGGUGUGCUUCGUCAGUGGCGCGCAGUGCGAUACUGCUCAUCGUUGCUUAACCAUACUGUGGACUCUAUCAGCCCCUUUAUUACCACUGUACUCGUUAACGGAAAGCAGUUAACAGUCGGUGUGAUCGGUCAAAAGGAAACUGUCUUCGAUAAACCAAUGACGCCGGGCGAAAUACAAUCUGUCAUGUAUUCUACUAUUCAACCUUAUGACGUCAUUGGCGCUGUGUUGCAACAGGAAGUCGUGCUGUACUGUGGCCGAUUGAUUGCCACAAAUCCUGAUAUGUUCCGUGGUAUACUAAAGAUACGUGUGGGGUGGGUGUUGGAGGCGAUUCGGAUAUAUUUGGAACUAUUUCCCAACGAAAAGAAAGCUGAUGCCACCCUCGAAAGUCUAUCGCCAUUCAAAUUACGGACCCUGCUUCAAAGGGUGCUCACUGUAUCCGACUGGGCUGAUGAAGCGGGAUUAACCCAGUUACAGAGACGGCAAUUGGAAGGCUGUCUAUGUCGAGUUCCUAAACACUUUUAUGUGCACGUUUGGGAUAUUCUAUUGAGUACACCGCAAGGAAUUAUUGUUCAAGGCCAUGCAAUACCAGCUCAACCAACCCUAGUGAACAUGUCCCGUUCGGAACUGUCAUUCGCAUUAUUAGUAGAAGAGGCACUAGUCCGUAUACCGUCGGCGGCUCGUCGCCAACUUUGUGUGGAACUGCUCUGUGUCCUCGCGACAAUAUUACGAAGAAACCCGGAGCUGUAUCUCCAACAACCAUUGGAUCUGGAUAAAUUGCUGGAUGACGCGCACUCUACAUAUGCAAAGGAUAGCGGGCAGCCGGUGUCCGAUUGUUCUUUAGCUGGUGCGACCGCGACCGUUACGUUGGGAUAUCUCGCUCGGGCGGUUGUUAAUAGCGUUUUACAAAUGGCUGCCGCGCCUCAUCUUGCCACAGCUGCCCCUACAGAUCACGAUUCAUGUCUCGUCACCUAA